AUGCAGCCUGGGGAGGUGACAGGAAUCCAUUUCCUGAUUCCUCCGAACCAAUCUCCAUACCCAGCUCAGUUUAGCUUGAAUGAGAACACCACACCCACAUUUCAAUUUAGCAGAUUCUCUAUUAACCCUCUGCUGAAUAUCCAAAUCCCUCAAGUUCAAGAGAUCAACUCUCAUCCAUCAUCUUUCAGCAGCAACUCGACAUCCGAUGAAGCAGAUGAGCAACAACUGAAUCUCAUCAACGAGAGGAAGCAGAGAAGGAUGAUAUCAAAUAGAGAGUCUGCACGACGAUCACGUAUGCGCAAGCAGAAGCACCUAGACGAGCUCUGGUCGCAGGUUGUCUGGCUCCGCAAUGAGAAUCACCAGCUAAUUGAUAAGCUGAAUCAUGUUUCAGAAAGCCACGAUCGGGUCCUCCAAGAGAAUGCACAGCUCAAAGAAGAAACUUCUGAACUUCGUCAAAUGCUUAGCGACCUUCAACUCAACGGCCCCUACACUACUCUCAAAGACUUGGAAGAAGUCCCCUGCAACGCUGCAUACCUCAGCUGA